UCGCGAUGUGGGUCUUCAGAACUAUAGGUGUGACCAGGUGUUCUGCAGGUGUGUCAUCGUUGGCCAGGUGUCUGCACACCUGUCCAGUGCUGGAAGGUGUCACCAAAGCCAACCUGUCCAAGCUGCGCAAGAAAACCGGCUUCACAUUCGUCAACUGUAGGAAGGCACUGGAGAAGUUUGAAAAUGACUUAGAGCAGGCAGAGAAGUGGCUGAAGGAACAGGCACAGAAGGAGGGCUGGGCUAAAGCUACCAAACUACAGGACAGGCAGACUGCACAGGGGCUGGUGGGCGUGGCUCAGGAGGGCACCAUGGCAACCAUGGUGGAGGUGAACUGUGAGACAGACUUCGUGGCCAGGAACCCCAAGUUCCGCCAGCUGGUCACGCAGGUUGCCAUGGCAACACUCGGUGAUGUCAAAGCUCACCCGCAGUGGACCCUGGGCUGGCUUAAGGCCCUCCACACAGGCGAGGAGCUGAAGCAGCUGCAGAUAGGAGACACGACCUUAGGUGACCUCACGGCCCUCACCAUCGGCACUCUGGGAGAAAACAUACAGAUCCGCCGUGCCAUGUACUACUCUGUCCCCCCCAUCCCCACCAAACACGUCGGGGUCUACGUCCACGCGCCCGUUGCCGGGACGACCGGCGGCCAAUCGGGAAGCUGUGCUCUCGGGAAGUACGGCGCGCUCGUCGCCUUCCGACGGAAGAACACAGAGUUUCAGAACUUCAACGCCGCGGAGCUUGGCCGGCGGUUAGGACAGCACGUCGUCGGGAUGAGCCCCCUGACUGUCGGAGAGAUGCCGGAGGUUCGGGAGGAGGAAGGGGAGAAGAAGGAUGGGGAUAAGCAGGAUGAGGAGGAGAGGAGUACAGACAGUGAUGAGGAUGAGACACAGAUGCUGCGGCAGACCUUCCUGCUGGACCCCACCAUGACGGUGGGGGAGAUGACCAGACAGCAGGGCAUCGAGUUACUAGACUUUGUCAGGUUUGAGUGUGGAGAAGUGGAAGAGUCGUAAGAGAUUGGAAGAUACACUAGGAUGUACAGUUACCCCAUCAUCAUCAUCAUCAUUUAUUUGUUUUACCAGAGUUACAUCGCUCAGGCUUCAGCCUGUUUUUCAGGACUCCCUGGACA